AUGUAUUUCAAUUUAUUAAUAUAUUGUCUCAUUACAGGCAUUCCAGCUGCUACAGCACUCAUCCUUGUAAUCUUAUUCACUUUUAACAGAAGAAACUAUACACUCAUUUGGAAAGGAAAAACACAAAACGACAAGAACAUUGAACUAUUCUUGAAGAGCCAUGGGGAUCGUGCGCCAAGAAGAUACAAAUACUCAGAUCUCAAGAAGAUGACCAAUUCAUUCCGUGACAAGUUAGGACAAGGGGGCUUUGCUAUUGUCUAUAGAGGAAAGCUACCAAAUGACCGUCUUGUAGCGGUCAAAAUUUUGAAAGAAUCAAAAGCUAGUGGAGAAGAGUUCAUCAAUGAGGUUGCAAGUAUUAGCACAACAUCCCACGUUAACAUUGUCACUCUCCUCGGAUUUUGUUUUGAGGGUUCCAAAAGAGCUCUCAUUUAUGAUUUCAUGCCAAACGGAUCUCUUGACAAGUUCAUAGGCAAUAACAACUCCUUACCAAAAGAUCAAUUAGGAUGGGAAAAGUUGUUAGAUAUUGCAGUUGGCAUUGCUCGGGGAAUAGAAUAUUUGCAUCAAGGUUGUAACACACGAAUUUUGCACUUUGACAUAAAGCCUCACAAUAUUCUUCUAGAUAAAGACUUCAAUCCUAAGAUCUCGGAUUUUGGCCUGGCUAAAAUUUCCCCCAAUAGAUCCAGUACAGUGUCAAUGUUAGGAGUGAGGGGGACAAUAGGGUAUAUAGCUCCAGAAUUAGUUUAUAGAGCCCUUGGAGAAGUUUCUUACAAAUCAGAUGUCUAUAGCUAUGGGAUGAUGGUUCUGGAAAUGGUUGGUGAGACGAAAAAUACUGAUACCAAUGCUGAUCAUUCAAGUGAAAUAUAUUUUCCUGACUGGAUAUAUCACCACCUCGCACAAAAUCCUCAACUUGAUCUCAAUUGCAUUGUGAAUGAAGAUGAACAUUUGGUGAUAAGGAAAAUGAUAAUAGUUGGCUUAUGGUGCAUACAGAAUAAUCCUAGAAUGAGGCCAUCAAUGACAAGAGUGUUAGAAAUUUGUAGGAUCCUAACUUUGAAUCUACGCAAGCUUUGUUUUGGCGUUGCUGAGUUGCACUUGCACUUGCACUUGCACUUCAAACUUGGAUACAUUCCAAGACUGAAGCUGAUUGCUGCAACAUCUAAUAUUUUCCAUAAUGUUAUCGAGACCUGA